GCCAUGCAUCCCAGAUCCGUCCCCCGCCUCGCGUUGCGAUCUGAUGCGGUGGCCCGGCUUGGCGGCGCCUCUGUCCCCGCAUUGUCCACCGUUCCACACGCCGGACGGCCUUUUGUCCUCCGGGACGCGCUCGCUGCCGGCGCACCCUGCUCGUCGUCCCCGGCAGCGGCGGCGUCGUGGUCGUCGUUGCGCUAGACUCACCUGCACCGAGUUCCUGUGGACGCGCUGCUUAGCUGCCAUUUCUCCUCGCCUUAGCGCAUUGCUCUCCGUGCCAGCGCUCGCUCAGGGUCUUCACGACGGUCUGCCGUUCAGCGAGCGAGCGGCCAGUGGCGAGGCGCGUCCAUGUCCGUGUUCCAUGGAGGCAUCAGCCAGCGCAGAUUUGCUUCCGCCUCGCAUCUCGAAGGCACCUCAGAUCCAUCUGCCCACGCCCAUCCCCCGCGCCGCCGAUCGCCCUCCAGCCUCCCACCCCAACACAGCCGAGCACGUCCGUCGCCCACCGCCCUCGACUCCCGGCCACGCACGCACCGCCGCGCGCUCGUACCAAACGCGCGGAGCCUGUGCAGCGCGCGCAUUAGGCAGGCGACACACCAUAUAAGCUAUUUGUUGAUGAACGCCAGUGUCUCGGAUGCGGCACCGCUGUGUGCGGGCCUCCCGACCACAUACUGGCUUGCUGACUCGCUCGUAUGCGCCGUAUCACUGUAAUACCCUGUAUGCUCAGCCGGAAUG